AUGGAAGCAUUGCGAGGCCUGAAAGCGUUUGGCAACGUAUGCCCCUUCCUGCACAAGACGGGCCUGCAACAAUUGCGCACGCUCUCGACCACGGCUUUACCCGGUCACCCUCAGACGAACCGACUCGCCGCACUCGCCACCACCAACUGCCCGCUCAUGGCCGCUGCCUAUGCCCAGAAGGGGUCGAAGGGGUCGGCUCCCGUCGGCUGUCCAGUGGCUGCAGCACCUUUCUCGACUUCGAGUCAGGCUGGAGAGCCUUCGUCGUCCGGUCGUCAAGCGCGCGGGUACGCCUCGAUCGCCGAGCAACAGACUGAAUCCGAGGCCCUCCGCCGUCAAGCCGCGGCCGAGGCCCAACAAGCCAAGAGCGGUAACACCGUCACCAUCCCCAAACUCCCGGGCCAACAAGACGUCCUUGAAGGUCUCGAGGAGGAGCACUCGCCGGAGCGCGUCUUCCACGGAGGCCGCCCGACGAACGCGCUUGGGUUCGCCAAGCAUGUCAUCACCUCGGCUAGACCAGGCUUCGAGUACGAUUCGUUCUAUCAUCAAGAGCUGGACAAGAAACACAAAGACAAGUCUUAUAGGGUUAGUUCUCGUGCUCCGGCUUAUUGGCUUGACGCUCGUUUCAUCGAGUGGUCGACCGUGCGCUGGCCUCGGCCGAUCGCGCUCGCUUUCCCCGCAAACCCUGACUCACCUCGAGUCCGCCCUUGCCCAACUUGCUCCUCCCGCCGCCAUGUAUCCGCCUCCAACAGUACUUCAAUAAUAUCAACCGUUUGAGAGCCAAGUUUCCCGUCGCUCACACCGCCAAGGUCGAGGACGAGGUCACCGUGCACUGCUCCAACGAUUAGUGAGUCAAAACUUUCGACUUCGGAAUUUUUGGGCAGUUUCCACCAAGUCUUCUCAGAGAUGUUGACCACUGUUUCCACUUCUCUUUCAGCCUCGGCAUGGGUAGGCACCCCGUAGUGCUGCAAGCGAUGCAGUGAGUCAUUUCUCUUUCCCUCGGCAUCCGAGGGCGUCUACAAAGAAAAUCCCCGCGGCAACUGACUCAGCCUCGCUCCUUUUUAGUGAAUGUCUCGACAAGUACGGCGCUGGCGCUGGUGGAACGCGCAACAUCGCCGGUAACGGUCAAUUGCACUUGGCCCUCGAGAAGGAGCUCGCCGAUCUUCAUGGCAAGCCCGCCGCGCUCGUCUUUUCGUCGUGCUACGUCGCCAAUGUCGAGACUUGUGAGUCCGGAGUAGUCGACACAAGUAGGCUCACUAUGUGGAACUGAUUUAUGAAUGAUACGGAGCUUGCAGUGAGCACCCUCGGCUCCAAGUUGCCUGGCUGCGUCAUCCUCUCGGACGAAAGCAACCACGCGUCCAUGAUCCAGGGCAUUCGCCACUCGCGCGCCAACAAGGUCAUCUUCAAGCACAACGAUGUCGCUGACCUCGAGGCCAAGCUCAAGGCUUUGCCCAUUGAUACGUGAGUGGACAUGGGGACACAUGGUGAAAGCUCGACACCGCUGUCAGAGGCUAAACUUCCAUCGUCCAUCGCUCCCCAGGCCCAAGAUCAUCGCCUUCGAGUCCGUCUACUCGAUGUGCGGCAGCGUCGGACCCAUCGAGGAAAUUUGCGACCUCGCUGAAAAGUAUGGUGCCAUCACCUUCCUCGAUGAAGUUCAUGCCGUCGGUAUGUACGGACCGCGUGGUGCCGGUGUCGCCGAGCACCUCGAUUUCGAGGCCAACAAGAACGGUGGCAAGAUCGGCAGUGCGAUGGAUAGGAUCGACAUUGUGCGUGUAGGAUCCACUGCUGUGUCCGCGCCCGUGUAAGGACGUCUUGGCUGAGUACACUCUGGUUUCAACGCGCACUGCAGGUCACUGGUACUUUGGGCAAGGCCUACGGUGUCGUUGGCGGCUACAUCGCCGCUAGCACCAAGCUUGUCGACAUGAUCAGGUCGUACGCGCCUGGUUUCAUCUUUGUACGUACUUUUGAUCGUCCCUGAUUGUCUACUGAAGAGGCACUGAUCAGGAGCUUAUGGUACAUUCGCAGACGACGUCGCUCCCUCCCGCCAACAUGGCCGGUGCCCGUGCCGCGAUCGCCUACCAAAAGGAGCACAUCGGUGACCGCCAACAACAACAACGCAACGUCGCGACGGUGAAAUCCAAGCUCACCGCGAUCGGCAUUCCCGUGAUUCCGAACCCUUCGCACAUCGUCCCCUUGUUGGUCGGUAACGCCGAACAAGCCAAAGCAGCUAGCGACCUGCUUUUGAGAAAACACAAACUCUACGUCCAGAGCAUCAACUUCCCCACCGUCGCCAUCGGUAGCGAACGUCUGCGCAUCACCCCUAGUCCUUUGCACACGCCUGAUCAGCUCGACGAACUCGUCAAUGCGCUUAAUGAGGUGUGGAACGAGUUAGGCUUGAAGCGUUCGGCGGACCUUCUAGGUCGAAAGGAGUUGGAAGGUCGUCCGGCCAACUUGUGGACGGCUGAACAACUCGGUCAAUCAGCUGGUGAGUUGAUGCAGGUUAUUUAUACAUUACCAAAGCUCCAUGGACUGAUGCUGGGGCCUGUUGACUACACAGUCGUGCCCGAACUCGACCCCACCGCCUUCGCUCGCGGUGCAGUCGUCUCGAUCGCCUCGGCGUUGUGA